AUGCCACCAAAGGGAAGAGGACGUGGAAAGGGACGUGCCGAAGCUCGUGGAGGAGCUACUACCCGUCAGGGAGCAAGAGCUGCAGCCCGAGAAGCGGUGUCAGAAAGUGUGCAUGAUGGAAACAGUGAGCAAGUGAAUGCCGUUGCAGCUGCAGCAGCCGCUCAGGAAGAUGUUCGAGCUGCCGAACAUGCUGCUGUGUUGGAGGAACUUCAGAGGUACCAAACUCAGUUUGGAAAUUUGGGUGUAGAUCCAGUGGGAGGAGUAGGAGGAGUAGAUGCACCGCCUCAUGAAGCACCGAAUGUUGCUGCUCCGGUCCACCGACCGCCGCCGCCGCCGCCACCUCCAGUGCAAGCUCACGGGUGGCAGAUAACAUAUUGGGAGGCUAUGGGCCAUAUGAAGAGCAUGGGUACUGAAACUUUUGGGGGUAAGUCAAACCCCACAGCUGCAGAUGAUUGGAGGAAAAAGUUAGAGCGCAACUUUGAUGUUGUGAGGUGCCCGUAUGAGUAUCGUAAGGAUUUGGCGGUUCAAUAUCUGAAAGAGGAGGCACUUGUUUGGUGGGAAGGUGUGACAGAGAAACUGCGCUAUGAGCUGAACUACGAUGACUUCAAGAACGAGUUCAUGAGGAAGUACUUUUCCCGUGAAAUGAUGAACAAGAUCAAUAAUGAGUUCAAGGACAUUUCUCAGGGAAACCGGGAUGUCAGGCAAUAUGAAGCGGAGUUCAACCAGUUGAGAAGGUUUGCGGGCAGAUACUUGGACGAGGAGGACCUAAUCCGUAGGUUUCUGAAAGGAAUGCGGGUCGAGUUGAGGAACCGCUGCAUGCUUAAGGAAUACAUGUUUCUGGAAGACUUAGUCGAGACGGCUGCACAGCAGGAACUAGGAUUGGAAGAGGAUUUUAAGCAGAAUAAGAGUGUCCAAGCAAAGACUGGGAAGAGGAGCUGGGAUACUGCAAGUGCCGGGCCAUCAACAACCCCUAUUAUUGUGUGCAAGACCUGCGGGAAGAGGCACCUCGGGACUUGCAGGAAUGAUAUCACUUGCUUUAAGUGUAAUCAGCGUGGGCAUUAUCAGAAGGAAUGCCCUGCAAAUGGUCAAGUAAGGGGUUGUUACCGCUGUGGAAAGACUGGUCACAUCGCUAGAGACUGCAUUGUUCGCCUACUGGGCCAACAGCAAGGAGACCGCAACCGUGAGCAGUUACCGCCACCGCCGAAGAGGCAAGCUGUAGCCCCGCGCGUGUUUGUCGCUGGAGACCACAAUGGCGCUGAACCGAUUGCUGGAUCGGUUUUGGUUGGGGGUGGGCUAGCCUUUACGCUUUUUGAUACCGGUGCAACACAUAGCUUUGUGAGCCCGGGACUGGUAAAGUAUUGGACUUUUGCGGGUACGUUAAUUCCAAGGAAGAGAGGAAUUCAAACGGCGGGCACAGAGAAAGUAGAAUCCAGCGGGAUUUACGAGGAGGUGCCAAUUUCAAUUCAAGGUGUGGAGUUGAUGGAAAAUCUUAGAGAAAUGGAGUUAAAUCACUACGACGUGGUUCUCGGGAUGGAUUGGUUGACCCAACACAAGGCCGUGUUGGAUUGUCAACGGACACGGGUUCAUAUCCCUAGAACGGAAUGA